AUGGUUCAGCUGCUUGGACCAGACCGUGUCGAGGGUAAUAGAGGUUUGCGGGGAUUCCAUCUGCCCCUUGUUCUAACCUUCGUCGACUAUGAGAAAGCCUUUGACAGCGUAGAAACGAAUGCAAUACUGUCAGCGCUGGUCGAUCAAGGUGUGAACGCGUCGUAUGUGAGGACAUUAGCCAACUGUUACGGUCGAUGCACGACUAGGAUACAGCUUUUCCAACUGACGGACCAAGAUCUUCGUGCCCAUCUGUUCGACUCGACAGUUCUUCCAGCGCUCUGCGUUACACAGCGAAGACGUGGGCAGACACCGCUGCCACGUCUAGGAAGCUACUUACUAUCCAUAAAGCCCUUGAGAGAUGCCUUCUGA